AUGACGACUCAAGGUGAUUCAUUUUCUAACGGUGGAAAUCUAAUCUCUCUUAAUGCCUCUUCCCAGAUUCCAUUCAAACUUGCAAAGAAUGGGGUAAAUUAUGCUUCUUGGAAGUCGCAAAUGACCAAUCUUCUCUUCGGUUAUGGACUUCUUGGCUUCGUUGAUGGAACACAUCCAUGCCCACUGCCAACCGAUCCAGAAUAUAUUUAUUGGACUCGUCAAGAUCGUCUUGUGCUCCUCAGCAUCCAGGCCACGGUUAAUAGCACAAUCAGCCCGACGAUCAACAAUUGCACCACUUUUGUUGAUGCUUGGAACAAAUUGGAAACGAGUUUUGCUAAUCGUUCCAAUACAAGGAUGCUCUCUAUUAUGUCAUCCCUCAUGACAAACAAAAAAGAAGGGAAGACCGUUGCUGCCUAUAUGAGCAGGGUAAAGAGCCUCGUUGACGACUUAGCUCUUAUUGGACACCCUCUAAAUGACUCUCAAGUCAUGUCCUAUGCCUUAAAUGGUCUGGGUGAUGAGUUUAAAGAACUCACUGCAGCCGUUCGUGUUCGCGACACUCCACUCUCGUUUGAGGACCUCUAUGAUAAAUUACUCGACGAGGAACUGAUUCGUAAUAAUGGAUAA